CAACUUUCAAAGGGCAUUACGUAUUUUUCAUGUUAUAAACAAUACUAUUAUAGUACAGUUUUAGCUCUUUUCGGUCAACGUGUGUCAUAUAAAAUAUCACCACAUUGUGUUUUUUUUACACAAUCAGGUCUCAUUUUCAGUAAGAACAAAAUGGCUACUCGGAAAAGGCACAAGUGGGCAAUCGACUUUUUAGGUGGUGGAAAGUCACGAAGUGAUCGAGCACUUGUUCAGUUCACAGAACUACAACCACCUGUUGGUUAUGUUGACACAGUCAGUGUCAGUGAAAAGGCCAAGGAUGCCGACCCAAAGCUCAUUGUAAAGAGGUCUUGGGACAUUGCCCUUGGUCCAAUCAAACAGGUCCCAAUGAACAUGUUUAUCAUGUGGAUGGCUGGCAAUUCCAUCUCCAUCUUCCCCAUCAUGAUGGUGGGAAUGAUGUUCUUCCGGCCGAUACAGACACUCUUUGGAAUACAGAACACAUUUAAAAUGAUCGAGGGGGACCAGGCAGCAUUUCAGAAGUUUGUGUACCUGCUUGGCAACCUCCUGUGUCUGGCCAUGGCAAUAUACAAGUGUCAAGUGAUGGGGCUGCUUCCUUCCCAUGCAUCAGACUGGCUUGCUUUCGUCCAGCCUCAGGAGAGAAUGGAAUGGUCUGGCGGUGGAGUGAUGAUGUGAAUCUAUCUGUGUCCUGAUGAAUCUAUCUAUUAUCUAUGUACCUGUCUUGUCAAUAAAUGUAACAUGUGUUGUCAAAA